CGUGGUUGCUGGACUAGGCCUCAGGACUCCUUCAGAAUCACUUCACACUUAUCUCAAACUGUACCUCAGCAAGAUCUGCAGAACAGAACUCUGAUCUCACUAUAUAUGGGAGCAAUUUAGAGAGAUCCCAUUGGCCGGAUAAGUCACCUGGUUCACCUUUGCAUACUCCCCCUAACAGCAAGGUCCAUGACAACAGGUUUCUUAAUGUAACAAAUGCAUAGAAAAUACCAAUACAUUAACCAUCGUAUAACAUUGCAGUACAUAGUGAAUUCUAGAGAGUUCUGAGGAGAGUGGGCCCAAGACGGACAUUGAGGCAGCAUCUGCCACACAGGAUGGGUUUCAAGUCUGUUCCCAUCCAAACUCAACCUGAAAGGCCAUUUCAACCUGCUAACGUCUUCCGGGAAACACUGACUCCUUCCACAGCCAUUGUUCCUUCAGAACUGGAAAUCCUUACAAAGGUAGAAGAGAUUGUAUUUAAAGAAAAAGUCUUCCAGACCCGAGAUGGGAAAACCCUCUUCUCAGUACAUCAGGAACCUUCUGGGUCCACCCUAAACCUGUAUCUCAGAGACGUGUACCAGGAGAACAUGGCUUGGCUUCAUGUGAUCUCGGAUGAUGGACGCUCUGGUCAUGACUCUUGUUUGCAGAUUGUUGCCCUUCCGGCGCGCCCUCUGGGUAAUGUAAGGAUUGAUUCCGUAUCUGGAAACCUAUACAUCUGCGUUCAGUCGACAAAGGAGACAUCUAUGUUUUUUGCAAGUCUUCCAAUGUUUCUACCUACACAAAAGAGCACUUCAAUAGAGAUACUGAGUAUGAACGGGUCCCAUCAAGUAGCCAAAAUAAUGAGUGAGAAAGAAGGGAAAUCUGUUCAAGUCGUCUUCCAGUUCUCUAUAGACAUGGAAUCCAGUGCAAAAAUUGUAAUCCUUGGAGCUUUCCUCUACUUGAACUUUCACCUCCAUGAGAUUUUAAGACUGGUAAAUGUUUCUACAAAUUUCCAAGAUGUAUGGAUUAUAGACUGUAUGGACUGGGAGAACAGGACGGAUUCCUGCAGCCAACCUUGGGAAAAGCCGAAGGGUGGAGAAGUCGAUGGCUCCAGUAAUGAUGGCGGCUGCUGCAGUAAAUGUGGCACCGGAUGCCGGAGCUGUCUGUGUUGUUUUGGGGACUGUUUGGUCUGUUGCUCUGAAUGCUGCCAGUGCUGCUUAUGUUUUUUUAUGUGCCUACAGUGUGUUUUGUAACCUUGA